AUGUCAGCGAAGAGCAUCUUCGAGGCCGACGGCAAGGCCAUCCUCAACUACCACCUCACCCGCGCCCCCGUCAUCAAGCCCUCUCCUCUACCGCCAGCAGACACCCACAACCCGCCUCCAAAGCUCGCCUCGCUCGAGUUCCCUGCUGAUGUCGCCGUGGAGGCCGUCCUCGACCAGGCAGAGGCUACCUACCCCUGGCUGCUCGCCCCCGGAGCCCGCUUCGUCGCAAAGCCAGACCAGCUCAUCAAGCGUCGCGGCAAGAGCGGACUGCUCGCCCUCAACAAGACCUGGCCCGAGGCGAGAGCGUGGGUAGCUGAGCGAGCAGGCAAGGAGCAGCAGGUAGAGACCGUCGUCGGCGUCCUCAGGCACUUCCUCGUCGAGCCCUUUGUCCCGCACCCCCAGGAUACCGAGUACUACAUCAACAUCAACUCUGUCAGAGAGGGCGAUUGGAUACUGUUCACUCAUGAGGGAGGAGUUGACGUGGGCGACGUGGACGCCAAAGCUGAGAAGCUGCUCAUCCCCGUCAACCUCAAGCAGUACCCCAGCAACGAGGAGAUCGCAGCCGGCCUGCUCAGCAAGAUCCCCAAGGGCCUGCACAACGUCCUCGUCGACUUCAUCACCCGCCUGUACGCCGUGUACGUCGACUGCCAGUUCACCUACCUCGAGAUCAACCCCUUGGUCGUCAUCCCCAACGCAGACAAGACCUCUGCCUCCGUCCACUUCCUCGACCUGGCCGCAAAGCUCGACCAGACCGCCGAGUUCGAGUGCGGCACCAAGUGGGCCAUUGCCCGCUCCCCUGCUGCCCUCGGUCUCGCAUCCACCACAGCUGCCACCUCAAAAGUCACCAUCGAUGCCGGCCCACCCAUGGAGUUCCCUGCUCCCUUUGGCCGCGAGAUGAGCAAGGAAGAGAAGUAUAUCUCCGACAUGGACGCCAAGACGGGUGCCUCCCUCAAGCUCACCGUCCUCAACGCCAACGGCCGCAUCUGGACCCUGGUCGCUGGUGGUGGUGCCUCCGUCGUCUACGCAGACGCCAUCGCCUCCGCCGGACACGUCUCCGAGCUAGCAAACUACGGAGAAUACUCUGGUGCUCCCACCGAGACCCAGACAUACAACUACGCCCGCACCGUCUUGGACCUCAUGCUCCGUGCUCCCCUGCGGCCCGAAGGGAAGGUCCUCUUCAUCGGUGGAGGCAUUGCCAACUUCACCAACGUAGCCACCACCUUCAAGGGCGUCAUCCGCGCACUCAGAGAAGUCGCCCCCGUUCUUGUCGAGCACAAGACUCAGAUCUGGGUCCGACGAGCGGGCCCCAACUACCAGGAGGGUCUCAAGAACAUCAAGGCCGUCGGAGAGGAACUGCAUCUCGACAUGCACGUCUUUGGACCAGAGAUGCACGUCUCCGGCAUCGUUCCCCUAGCUCUCAGCGGCAAGACCACCGACGUCAAGGAGUUUGGCUCUUAA